AUGCAGGCUCAGAAAUAUGUGCCAAGAUCAAGAGCCUUAUUAUAUAUCCAGAGAAAAAUUCACCAGCAAGUGUCAGUAAUCUUCACUUUAUUGACUUGCAUGGAGUUCAUGGCAUUAGAGAUCCUUGGAGAACUUCAGGCUCGAGCUGGUGAAAGGAGCGGCAUCAAAUUUAGAAACAGUUCAAUGGAUGAAGUCGAGGAUACCUUCGAUGCCUUUCUGCCGAUGCACUUGCCUAGGCCCUUGGAUCGAGAGGAUUUCACUCUGUCCAUGCCCGUCACUGCCUUGAAGACCGAGCAACUCAAAGCCUGUGACGGCAGUGACAGCGUUGUUGGGACGAUGUCUUGGCCAAUGGCUGGAAGAUCGUCCAGGUCCAACUCCAAGGAAUCGUUGCAAAAGCGCCGGGAUCAGUUUAGGAGAGACUCACGGCCCUUGGUCCUUGACAACUUGGGAGAAGACCGGCGAAGCUCAAAAGAAACAUCUUCGACUACCUCCAGCUGUUUCUCGCAGCUCUUUCCCAACAUCCCAGACCCAGAGAGCCGACGCCAUUUGAGAGGGCUGAGCCUGCAUCCAGCUGCAAAUUCUGAUUUGGCUGAGUCAUAUGCUUCAGAUUUGGGGUAG